UUUUCUUUUGGGUUGACCCAUUUUAAGCUUCCCUGAUAUCAUCCUAUUUUAUUUCCUUCCUAUUUUUCUUAAGAUGAAAGGUGCAAAGAAUCAAAAAGGAUCUAGGAUCUAGUGGGGGAUAUUCUUUAUAUACCUGAGGAACUUCACGUAUCGUACCAUACACAUUCUACACACAGAUCAGGCAACAACCCCAUGAGAUAUAUAAACUUUAAACACAAUUUAAACGAAAAUAUUUCAAGAUGCCUGUUGGUAUUAUGCCUGAAGGUUAUUUUCAUAAACGAUUGAAAAAACGACCAGUAAAUAUAUCUGAGAAUAUAUCAGAUGAACCCGAAGACUUGAGCAUUAAACAUGACAUUAUACACAGGCUAUUAUCACCAAUUCAAUCACCAGAAAAAUUACAAACAACACCUAACAUACCCAUACAGUACCCUUCCUUUUACCCCGACGUACUGGAAUCCUUACAUCGAUCAUUUCUAAAAGAAUCCUCUGGAUCCUACCACAUGUGCCUAAAAUGUGGAAAAACUUACUCGACGACAUUAGGACUUCAAAAACACCAACAAAUCUGCCUAUUGGAGUCAACCACACCAAAACCCUACAACUGCAAAAUUUGCGAGAAAAUCUACAACACAUCAUCAGCCCUCAAACUCCACGUGAAAACUCAUACUUUACCACACAAGUGUCAACUCUGCGAAAAGUCAUUUUCACGUCCAUGGCUCCUGCAAGGACAUUUAAGAACUCACACUGGAGAGAGGCCUUUUUCAUGCAAACAGUGCGAUAAGGCUUUUGCCGACCGAUCUAAUUUACGCGCCCAUAUGCAGACACAUGAAAAAGUAAAAAAGUAUUCUUGUAGUCGUUGUAAUAAGUCAUUUUCUAGGAAGUCAGUUUUAGAAAAGCAUGUUAAGAGAGAUUGUUUAGGUUAG